CCGCAACCCCUUGGUAUGGAGGACGGGACAAUCCAAGAUGAUCGCAUCACGGCGUCCAGUAUUCGGAGCACUACAUAUCCAGCCCGGGAGGCACGCCUCAACAAUGACAAGGGAUGGUUAGCCUCGAGUGACGACGCCAAUCCCUGGAUCGAGGUGGACCUCGUCCAGAGUACAGUGGUGACUGGAGUCACCACACAAGGCGGCUACAGUUGGUAUGUGACUGCGUACAAGGUGGCGUACAAGAAGCAGCCCUCAUUCGACCGUGAACACGUGACGGAUGGAAACGGAAACGCCAAGGUGUUCAUCGGUAACACUGAUGCCGACACCCCGGUCACUAACCUGUUUGACGAGAGUGUGGUGGCCACGGUAGUCCGCAUUGAGCCUACUGAACGGUAUGCUCAUGCCGCUCUGCGAUUGGAGCUGCUUGGAUGUUGUCGUGGUUAAUUCAACUGAAGCAUUCAGGUGAUUCUCUCCGAUAGCGCUGACAAAAUUUCACUCUAUAUAAAAUAGUCCGAGAGCCCAGUGAGGUUUUAUUAGAAUAUCGCGCACAAAAGGUCUGAUGGUGGCAGCGAGUAGGUGGGGGUGUCCAACCUUCGAAACCGUCAUUCUUAAGUGUCACACCCCGUGCGUUUGGGAGGGGGCACCGCCUAAAGACCCCCCAAAAUUGACUUUCAAUUAGAAUGUCGCGCACAAGCACGAAUCCAACGCGAAAAGAUAGUAUUCGAUGAACUUAUCAAUGACCAAUUGUUUAAGAAUGAGAAAUUCCGUGCAUUCCAUGCUUAAGA